AUGGAGAUGGCAUUGAGGCCAAAAUGGAAGCCUCUACUACCUCCCAAAGUUGAAACCAAAACCAAAUCUCUGAAGACGAAGAAAGUAGUGCUGAAAAGUAUCCACAACUACAAAAAGAAGAAAUCCAUGUACCCACCUUCCAACACCCAAAACACCAUGGCUGUGAGGCAACUCAAAUAUCCUUGGAAAAGCACCCCCAGGAGAAACAAGUUUGACUAUUAUGCCAUCAUCAAGUUUCCUCUGAUCACUGAGUCAGCCAUGAAGAAGACAGAAGAUAACAACAGACUUGUAUUCAUUGUGAAUGUCAAGGCCAACAAACACCAGAUUCAACAGGCUGUGAAGAAACCUUAUGACACUGAUGUGGCCAAGGUCAACACCCAGAUUAGAACUGAUUGA